AUGGGGGACGACUUUGUGGUCCUCGAGUCCGACGACGGGUAUUGCUUCUCCGUGCCGCGGCACAUCGCGACCUCGAGUUCGACUCUGAAGGCUAUGCUCGAUGAAGAGGGUGCAUUCCAAGAGGCCUCGCAGAACCGCGUCAAGCUCGGAUACCGCGGCAUCAUUGUGCUCAAGCUCAUCGAGUAUCUCGCGUUCAAGGCGCAAUACGCCGACACGCCGCAAAGCGAGAUUCGCGACGACUUCUUCCCGCGCAUCGACCCGUACAUUGCCCUCGAACUGUGA